GUUGGUUAAAUUGGAUUUGACAAUUGACAACUAUGGCGGAAUCACCAAACAGAGCAAAGACAGAUGAAACUGAACCAUUGCUGGAUAAAGAAAAGGAUAAAGAUCUUACAGGAUGUGGCAAUACUCCUCUUUGUAACCCCAGACAUCGUUUUCAUCGCUAUUUUUUUCUUGUGUUUAUAUGCACGCUGAGCUUUGGCUCAUACUUUUGCUAUGAUAAUCCUGGUGCUUUGCAGCAACAAAUAGAAAAAGACAUGAAUGUAGCUACAGCACAAUAUACACUGCUAUAUUCUUUAUACUCAUGGCCAAAUGUUGUUCUCAGUUUUCUUGGAGGAUUUCUCAUAGAUAGAGUAUUUGGCAUUAGACUUGGAGCAAUUUUGUUUAGCUUACUUGUCUUAUCUGGUCAGAUUGUCUUUGCAAUUGGUGCGUACAUUGGAAAUUUUUUCGUUAUGGAGUCUGGACGGUUUAUUUUUGGUCUUGGUGGCGAAAACCUUGCUGUUGCACAGAACACAUACUCCGUUGCAUGGUUUAAAGGAAAAGAAUUAAAUUUUGUAUUUGGCUUGCAACUCAGUAUAUCUAGAGUGGGAAGUACUGUCAAUUUUAAUGUUAUGAAACCUAUCUACGAUAUGUUUUCCCAUCGUUAUCAUGGUCAUGUUGCUUUGGGUUGGACUUUGUUUGUAGGUGUUCUCUUCUGCUGUCUGUCUUUGUUAGCCGCUUUUGCAUUGGCGUUUUUCGACCGACGAGCUGAAAGAUUAUUAAAGAGAGAAGAGACAAAAACUGGUGAAGUAAUUCGAUUAUCUGAUAUCAAAGAUUUUCCUUUGACACUUUGGAUAAUUUUUUUCAUUUGUGUCUCUUAUUAUGUCGCCGUUUUUCCGUUUGUUGGUUUGGGAGUCUUGUUUUUUGAGUACAAAUAUGACAUGACGCCAGCACUUGCAAGAAUUGUAACCAGUAUCAUUUUCAUCGUCUCCGCCUGCGCUUCGCCAUUUUUUGGAAUUCUAGUCGACAGAUUUGGUCGAAAUAUUUUUUGGAUAAUUUUUGGCGUGUUGAUGACUCUUGGCUGCCACAUGUACAUGGCAUUCACGUUUUGGCAGCCAUUUGUAUCAAUGGUUACGAUGGGUAUUUCGUAUUCUAUCGUUGCAUGUGCAUUGUGGCCUUUAGUUGCCUUGGUUGUUCCAGAGAAUCAGUUGGGUACUGCGUACGGAAUAAUGCAGUCCAUUCAGAACCUUGGUCUGGCUCUCGCUAAUAUGGCUGUUGGGGCGAUUGUGGAUUCAAAAGGAUACCUAUUCUUGGAAGUUUUCUUUUGCGCCUGGCUUUGUCUGGCGUUGAUGUCGAGUAUACUACUAUAUCUAGCUGAUGCCGCCAAAGGUGGGAAACUGAACUUGUCGACAAAACAAAGACAAGCGCUGCAAGUACCUAAAGCAGCAUUAACAUUGUCUAACGAGGAGGACAAAAGUACUAGUCCUUAUUCGUAUGAAGGUCAAACAUCGAUAAAGCCACGAUCAGCUCAGCAACUUAGGUUCCGUUAUUUAUCACGUGUUGGAAAACAUCAAUUCCAGGUUCCAGUUUCACACAGAUCCUCAGCACUGGCGUUUCCUCAUUUGUUAAAAUGAUCAGAAUUCGUCGGGGCCAAUCAAUCAAAACAUAGUCAAUCGUGACAUCUUCCUUAUAUCCCCAACCACGUGUUAGCUAAAUUUUUUUUCCACGUUAUGUGUAAAAUAAAUCGUCAAGCUUGAAACUUUUCAUUAUUAAUAUGAUUCAUUCAUGUACAAUAUAGAAAAUGUUUUCCAUGAUAUCAUGAACUUCCUCUAUGAUUUUGCUCAUCAGGAAAGGAUUUAAAAUUUGCUUCAACAGUUGAUGAUGUUAACUUGCGGCUUGUACGACAUUUUAUCCAAUUAUUUCUUUCAAGAUUGUGUUUAGUUUCGUCAGUUAAACAUUCCAUUCUUUUCACUAUCUUAACCAAUUAUUGCUCUUCUUUUUUUCUCUUUUUCUGUUUUUUGUUUUAUUGAAUCACUGCAAUUAAGUAACCGAAAAUUUGUAAAGCUGUUUGAUAGUUAUAACUUUGGAGGUAGUUUGGAGUGCACCGUGCACAGCAAAAGGAUAAUGUUUGUUAAUACAGAUUUAUCAGUGAACAAGCAUAUAGUAACUCGAUUUGAGAUUUCAUACUUCAUUGCUUGAACCUGUGAAUUUUUUAUUUCAAAAUAUUCACAAUGUUUGUAAUUAAUGUAUUUGGAAUUGUACUAAUUGUUUUUGUUUGAUACUAGACUUUCCAUGCCUUAUUUUAUUUUUUAAUUUGUGUGUUCAAAGGCAGAAAAAGGACAAAAUAGUGGAAACUAAGAGCGGAAGAGUGUUGCAUGGUUUUAAAGAAAAUGAUCAGAAUUUACUGAUCACUUGGAAUUGUACUAAUUAUUUUUGUUUGAGACUAUACUUUACAUGCCUAAUUUUAUUUUUUAAUUUGUGUCUUCAAAUGCAGAAAAAGGACAAAGUAGUGGAAACUAAAAGUGGAAGAGUGCUGCAUGGUUUUAAUUAAAAUCAUCAGAAUUCGUCGAGGCCAAUCAACCAAAACGUGAUCAAUCGCGACAUCUUCCUUAUAUUCCCAUCCACAUGUUAGCUAGAAUUUUUUUUCCACGUUAUGUGUAAAAUAAAUCGUCAAGCUUGAAACUUUUCAUUAUUAAUAUGAUUCAUUCAUGUACAAUAUAGAAAAUGUUUUCCAUGAUA